AUGCUUCGUCUGCUGCCUUCACUUCUGCUCAUAGUCGUAAUUGAGCAUGUAUUUUCAUCCCCCUGGGAAAUGGCUGAGGUGACGCUUGUCAGUGACAAUCCCGCCAUCCACAAAUCCUUCGACGAUUUCCUCGGAUUAUUCGACAAAUUUUCCGACGAUUACGGUGUUCAUUUCAACAGAUGGAACUUUCGUGAGAAAAGAACUCUUAACGGUGGGUUUCCAACGGGACAGUACAGAUUGCUUGGUGUCAGCUGCGAACAGCUUCGGGAAUUCCUCAACGAUAUCGAAGGUGAGAUAUAUCAUCUUCGAUACUCAUCUCUGAAAUGUGGCCCGAUGAUGUUCACGUUUUGUUUUUCGUUCUCCUGUACUGCGGACGACUACACCACCGUCGGUACGGACCAAAUCACUACAAGUGUCACGCAAACCACAACAGAUGAAGACACUACAACAACCGAGAAGCGCACUACGGAAAGUGGGACUUACACCGCAACGGAUGAGCAGAACACUACACCAAGUACCGAAUAUACUACAACAGAUGGAGUCUACACUACAGUAACCGAAAACUACAGUACAGAAACUGGGAUCUACACUACAGAGAAUGAGGACAAUGGCACAGAAAGUCCAAGGAACACUGGAACGAGUGGAGACUACAGCACAGAAUCCACCGAUUCCUUCACGGUGGAUGAGACCUACACUACAACGAACGAAAACAGCAGUACAACAAUCGAGGAGUAA